GCUGCCAACUACAGUUGACUCUAUCUUCUCACAACAAUUGGAACCGAUCAUCGUUAAACUAAAACGUGUUUAUUCCGCUAUGAACCAUCCCAUAAACAACUUGCUUCUGCAUCUGGUUCAACUCUCAUUGUAAUAUAUGGUCAUUUUUUGCCACUGUGUUCCAAGAGUGCUUACUCAACGUUAAACCUCAUUUUCCCUAGUUUAUUAGUCAUUAUUGAUUCGACAACAUAAUGACGCAUAGCAUCAUAAUGUUAUGUAUUUGGUUCUUUUUAUCUUCCUACAUGUUUCAAACUUCCACUUCACUAGACAGUUUAGCAGUGAGUCAAUCCAUCCGAGAUGGCGAGACUUUGGUUUCAGCUGGUGGAAUUACUAAAGUGGGUUUCUUUAGCCCGGAAAAUUCAACAAGACGAUACUUGGGUAUAUGGUACACAAAUUACCCUUCAACAGUGGUAUGGGUGGCUAACCGAAAUGCACCUCUUGAGAAGAACUCAGGAGUUCUGAAACUCAACAAAAAAGGGAUUCUAGAGCUUCUCAAUGCAACUAAUAGCACUAUUUGGUCAUCCAACAUAUCAAGCAAAGCAGUGAAUAAUCCAAUUGCUUAUCUUUUGGAUUCGGGAAAUUUUGUCUUGAAAAAUGGACAGCAAUCUAACCAGGAGAACAUCUUGUGGCAGAGUUUUGAUUAUCCAUGUGAUACGUUGAUGCCGGGAAUGAAACUUGGAUGGAACUUAGAGACGGGUCUAGAAAGAUCUUUAUCCUCUUGGAAAAGUGUUGACGAUCCUGCGGAGGGAGAAUAUACUUUAAAACUUGAUCUGGAAGGAUAUCCUCAAGCAGUUAUACACAAGGGACCUGAGAUAAAGAUCAGAAAGGGGCCAUGGAAUGGCCAGUCUUGGCCCGGAUUUCCAGAUCCAACUCUUAAAAUAUCACAAAUAUUUGUGUUCAAUGAAAAAGAGGUGUCUUAUAAAUUCAAGCUUCUUGAUAAAUCCAUGUUCAGCAUAUAUACGCUGACCCCUUCUGGCACCGGAGAAAGCUUUUAUUGGACAACUGAAACAAGUAACCAACAAGUCUUCUUGACAGGAGGGAAGGAUCAAUGCGAAAAUUAUGCCUUUUGUGGUGUAAAUUCUAUAUGCAGUAUCGAUAAUGACGAUUCAACCUGUAAUUGCAUCACAGGAUAUUCUCCCCAGUUUUCUGAAUACUCCUCAAUUUCGCCUAAUGGUUGUUUCCCAACAAUUAAAUCUAAUUGCAAUGACAGUCACUCAGAUGACUUCUUGAAGUACAAGCACAUGAAAUUGCCAGACACAUCUUCAUCAUGGUUUAGUAAGACCAUGAAUCUUGAGGAUUGCAAGAAGUUGUGUCUGGAAAACUGUUCUUGUGUAGCAUAUGCAAAUUUAGACAUGCGUGGUGGAGGAAGUGGCUGUCUACUUUGGUUUAGUAAUCUGGUUGACAUGAGAAAAUUCUCUCAAUGGGGACAAGACCUUUAUGUCAGAGUCCCUGCUUCAAAACUAGGUCAUGUUGCAGCUGCCAAUGGAAACCUCAAGAAAAAGAUAGUGGGAAUCACUGUUGGUGUGACUAUUUUUGGAUUAAUCAUAACAUGUGUAUGCAUAUUGAUACUUAAAAAUUCAGGGGCUGCAAGAAAAAUUUACGGCAAACAUUACAAAAACAUACAAAGGAAGGAAGACAUUGAUUUGCCAAAUUUCAAUUUAUCAGUCUUAGCUAAAGCCACUGAAAACUUUUCAACCAAAAACAAGCUUGGAGAAGGUGGCUUUGGACAAGUAUACAAGGGCACACUGAGAGACGGCAAAGAGUUAGCUGUGAAAAGGCUUUCAAAGAAGUCUGGACAAGGGUUGGAUGAGUUGAAAACUGAAGUGGUGUUCAUUGCCAAACUUCAGCACCGUAAUCUAGUAAAGCUUCUUGGUUGCUGCAUUGAAGGAGAAGAAAAAUUGUUGAUUUAUGAAUACAUGGCCAACCAAAGCUUGGAUUACUUUAUCUUUGAUAAAACCAAAAGAAUGUUGCUAGAUUGGAGUAAGCGUUCCAAGAUUAUUAGUGGCAUUGCUCGAGGACUUCUGUAUCUUCAUCAAGACUCUAGGCUAAGGAUUAUUCACAGGGAUCUAAAGACUAGUAAUAUUUUACUAGACACAAAUUUUGAACCCAAAAUAUCAGACUUUGGCGUCGCUCGAUCAUUUUUGGGAGAUCAAGACGAGGCAAACACAAAUACGAUUGUUGGAACAUACGGUUACAUGCCUCCUGAGUAUGCUGCUCGUGGACAUUUCUCAGUGAAAUCAGAUGUCUUUAGUUAUGGUGUCAUAGUACUAGAGAUUAUAAGUGGGAAGAAAAAUAGGGAAUUUUCAAACUCAGAUAACUUCAAUAAUCUUCCUGGACAUGCAUGGAGAUUAUGGACAGAAGAGAGAGAACUGGAACUGUUGGAUGAAGUGUUAGGAGAACAAUGCACGACCUUUGAAGUCAUACGAUGCAUACAGGUAGGUCUCUUAUGCGUGCAACAAAGACCAGAAGAUAGGCCUGGCAUGUCAUCAGUGGUUUUAAUGUUGAAUGGUGAUAAAUUAUUGCCAAAGCCAAAGAUUCCUGGAUUUUAUAUUGAAAAUAAUAUCACAUCUGAAACAGUUAAUGAACAUGCCGUCACAGCUUAGAUGCAAGAUAGAAAAUCUAGGCAAGAAGAUGUAAGGGUUUCACCUUCUAAUGUAGUAUAUGUGUUAUUUGAGCAUACAUAAUUAGUGAUUGUUCUAUUACUAACUCCAUUGCCUUUGUCAUGUAUUGAAACAGAUAAUUUAAAAAAGAAAAGAAAUCUAUUAAGACAAGAAUUGUUAA